GAGCAGAGGGUGACGGUUCAGAAAGCGUGCUCACGUUUCCACCAGGGGAGUACGUAGCAGAGGAACUGUGCAUAAGUGCAGCGAAAGCGUGUGGUGAGUCACAAGAGGAUUUCACAAAAUAUAGUUUAGUUAAUUCAAUAUAAAUUAAGCUAUUUUUUAACAUCAGUCUAAUAAGGGUUUUAAAUUAUGCUUAAAAAAAUACAUCAACAAUAUGAGAAAACAGAGGGGAAAAAAAGAAGGACAUUAAAAAUAUAGUGGUGUGACAAUGUAUUCUAUUGUUCUGUUUAACAAGUAUGAUUUGAACGAUUCAUAAAUUCUUAGUGCCAUGUUCAAAACCUUGAGCAAUUCACUGGUUAGAUGACAACCCUGUUUUUAUUGCCACACAUCUGGAUGUUUGUGCAACCUUGUGAAGUUCUGCUUUAGCAUGUGACGUACACCUCGUUGAGAAACAACUGUAAGUGCGUCAGGCUAAAUAAACAUUGUUUUAUUAAAGAGUCUCAAAUAUAACACCUCUGUACACAUAUUUUUGUUAUUAUGCACAGUAGUUAAGGCACAUUUCCAGGCAUGUGGGCAUUUUUGCUCAGUUGAACAUGUCUUGACAUUAUUGUUAAGCAUCAAAUUGAAUUAGAAAUACAUAAGAACAGUGAGGUAUUAAGUCCACUGCAUACAAAAAGAAAAGUCCCUUCUUGCAUCAAUGCAUUUGUCUGUGUAGAUCCCAGACUGGACUAUAAAUGGACAUAGUGUAACGCUUGUGUUUACGUUUCAUGCAUGCUGCCAUCUUUGUCAAUAGGGGUAAAGAGCUUGUAAGGCUGAAUUAGGCCUUUAAGUACAGACACACUAUCUUUCCAUCCAACAUUAAUAAAUACAUAUCAGCAAUAUAUUUUAAGCAGCAAGCGCAUGCUUGAAUUGUUCCGUCAUACUGGCCUCAAUACAAGUGAAUAGGGAGGCAGUGUAAAUACUUGUAGUUAAGUGUAGUGUGAUCGUGACUUCAGCCAAAACUGAGUUAGGACACGCGGUUGGCCAAUCACAAACUGUGAUACGCUGAAAUAUCUGUCAGGCAAGCAAAACGUGUCCCCAAAGCACAUUUCCCACGGCCAGGACACACAUGGGAGGAUGUGUUUUUUUUUUUUUACAACUGAGCCUUUAACUUUAAAAGCAUGCAUGUACUUCCCUCUCCACACAGUUUAUUAGGACAUUUUCUGAAGUUUCUGCCUUUAAUUUGUUUAUACAUCUGUAGAAAAGCUUUUUUUGUUCACUUCAAGAUGGUGGGAAAUCUGAUCCAAGUAUCCAGUAGCCAUCUUGUGGCUGUGCGCUUUAAGGUAUUGAUCAGCUUGGUUUCGAUUUAUCCGCCAUCCAGGCAAUAAGAAAGUAAACAAUCAAAUGGACUGCUUGGCCAACGCUCAAGAGCAUUUGUUGUUUAUUUACGUGGCUUCUUCAUCGGCUCCAAAUGCAUCCAACUUCAUUCCUUAUACCAAGACCUUCCUGGUGAAGGACUUCAGAUAGGCGCUUUUGCCAUCAGAGCCGACACAGUGUUUGUUUUGUGGAAACAGAGCCACUGGCUCUUCUCUUUCUAGCAAACACAAAUCAGGAAGUUGUCGACUGUUGCGUCUAUUUUGCUCUCCACCCUCGCUCUAUCUCUCUCCGACACGCUCUCUUGCUCCAUUCCCACAUGAGCCGAUAACAAACGACCUCUCUCGAAUUCUUCCAUAUCCCCUUGCUUUUUCAACUUCCUUUGUCCUCGCGUUUCUCUGUCUUUACACUUGAAGUCAAACAUUGUCACCUUCCCAACAGUCAGACCUGAUAUGAUUGAACUUAAAUAGGUGGAGAAGUUCUGUCUAUAUUCAAUCUUUUUUUUUUCUCCUCUUUAUUUAUUUAGUCGGACCUCUGACUAUCUGUAUCUAUAUAUAAAACGGUGUGACGUAUGUUGUCAAGCCGUAUAAUGCAAUGCUUCUCAGCUACUAAGGUGUGAAUACAGUGACUUACUGUGCAGUGCAUUGCUCUCUUGUUUUGGCAGGCUGUGGCUCUGGAGCUAGAGCGGGUCAUCCUUUAAUCACAAGGGAUUGCUCCCGUGUACUGCAGCUUGUUUGGCCUCAUGAGGGAAAGUGACAGGAUAUGGUUUCCUCCUAAUCACAUCUUCAAAUUGCAGGAGCCAGCCAGUGAGAGCCUGCACUUCAGAAUCAGAUACAAUUUUUCUGGCUGGUAUAACAGCGGCAACACACUGAAUGCCCAUCGCUAUGGCCUGUCCAAGGGGACGGAGAGCCCCGUGAUGGAUGACUGUGUCAUGGCAUACCAGUUUUUUCAGAGGCGUAGUGACUUUCUGAAUGGCUGGGUUCAAAUUCCAGUGAGCCACGAGGCCCAGGAGGAGUGUCUGGGCAUGGCGGUGCUGGACAUGAUGAGGCUCGCCAAAGAGAGCGAUCAGUCACCUGUGGACAUUUACAAUUACACCAGCUACAAAUCCUUCCUGCCGAGAUGCAUGCGAAGCCGCAUCCAGGAAUACAACAUCUUGACUCGGAAGAGGAUCCGCUAUCGCUUCAAGAAGUUCAUCCAGCAGUUCAGGGAAUGCAAGGCCACGGCGUGCAACCUCAAGCUCAAAUACCUGAUGAGCCUGGAGAUGCUUCUGCCCUCCCUCUACUCCGAGCGCUUCCAAGUCACCGACCUCUCCGCGCACCAGGUUACCAUCAUUGUGACGGGCGACACGGGCAUCCAGUGGUCAAAAGGGAAAGAGGAGGAGAAGGGAGCAGAGGGGGAGCUAAAAUCAUACUGUGACUUCACAGAGGUGAUCGACAUCAGCAUCAAACAGGCCAAUAAGGAAGGCUCGGUGGAGAGUCGCGUGGUUACCCUCACCAGGCAGGACAACCAGUUCCUGGAACUGGAGUUCCAUUCGCUCCCAGAGGCUCUCUCUUUCGUAUCAUUAGUUGAUGGGUAUUACAGGCUGGUUGCAGACGCCCAUCAUUAUCUGUGUAAAGAAGUGGCUCCACCGAGACUUCUGGAGUGCAUUCAGAGCUACUGCCACGGCCCUGUGUCGAUGGAGUUUACGAUCGCUAAGCUGCGUCGCUCUGGUAACCACCAAGGCCUGUACAUCCUUCGCUGCAGCACGAGGGAAUACGACAAAUACUUCAUGUCCUUUGUAGUGGGGCUUGAAACUAUGGUGGACUACAAGCACUGUCAGAUCACGAAGACGGAGUCAGGAGAGUACAUUCUGAGUGGUGCCAAGAGGAGCUUCGGCUCACUCAGGGAACUUCUGCACUGCUACCAAAAGGAGGUGCUCCGCACCGAUGGAUACACAUUCCAGCUGACCAGGUGCUGCUCACCCGGCCUCAAAGAUAAAUCCAACCUGGUGGUGUGUAGAAACAAUCAAGGUGCCGAUGUCCCACUGUCUCCCUCGCUCCACAAUCACAACAUCAGCCAGAUGGUCUUCCACAAGAUCCGAAAAGAGGACCUCGUCAUCAAUGAGAGUCUGGGCCAAGGAACUUUCACCAAGAUCUUCUGCGGUGUGAGGAAGGAGCUGGGAGACUACGGAGAGAUACAUCAGAUCGACGUCGUUAUUAAGAUCCUGGAAAAGGCUCACCGCAACUAUUCAGAGUCCUUCUUUGAAGCAGCCAGUAUGAUGAGCCAGCUCUCCCACAAGCACUUGCUCCUCAACUUUGGCGUGUGCGUUUGUGGCAAUGAGAACAUGAUGGUGCAGGAGUAUGGCAGAUUUGGUUCACUGGACACGUACCUGAAAAAGAAAAAAAGCUGUGUUAACAUCACCUGGAAGCUAGAAGUGGCCAAGCAGCUAUCCUGGGCCAUGCACUACCUGGAGGACAAAAACCUCGUUCAUGGAAAUGUUUGUGCCAAGAAUGUCCUUUUGAUCAGAGAGGAGGAUCGGAUGACGGGCAGCCUGCCCUUCAUCAAACUCAGUGACCCAGGUAUCAGCAUCACCGUGCUGCCCAAAGAAGUUCUGGUGGAGCGUAUCCCGUGGGUGCCCCCCGAGUGCAUUGAAAACCCACAAAACUUGAGUUUAGCCACAGACAAGUGGGGCUUCGGGACCACCCUGUGGGAGAUCUGCAGUGGCGGAGACAAACCGCUCUUCACCCUGGACUGCUCAAAGAAGAAACUGUUCUAUGAGGACAGGCAUCAGCUGCCGGCUCCCAAAUGGACCGAGCUGGCCAAUCUGAUUAACAGCUGUAUGGACUAUGAGCCCUCACACCGGCCCUCCUUCAAAGCAAUUAUCAGGGAUCUCAACAGCCUCUUCACGCCAGACUAUGAGCUGCUGGUGGAGAGCGACAUGGUGCCCAACAGGACAAGAGGCGUCGGCUUCCCGUGGGCCUCCGAGAGCCAGGAGCCCGCCCAGUUUGAGGAGAGGCACCUCAUCUUUCUCAAGCAGCUGGGCAAAGGAAACUUCGGCAGCGUGGAGAUGUGCCGGUACGACCCCCUGCAGGACAGCACGGGGGAGGUGGUGGCCGUGAAGAAACUGCAGCACAGCACCGCCGAGCACCUCAGGGACUUUGAGCGGGAAAUCGAGAUCCUCAAAUCCCUCCAGCAUGAAAACAUUGUCAAAUACAAAGGAGUUUGCUACAGUGCAGGUCGAAGGAACCUCCGGCUGAUCAUGGAGUAUCUCCCCUUCGGCAGCUUGAGAGAUUAUCUCAUCAAACACAAGGAGCGCUUUGAUUUCAACAAACUGCUGCACUAUGCGUCACAGAUUUGCAAGGGCAUGGACUACCUUGCCACUAAGCGAUACAUCCACAGAGACCUGGCCACUCGGAACAUUCUGGUGGAGAGCGAGAUGAGGGUGAAGAUCGGUGAUUUUGGCCUGACCAAGGUGCUGCCGCAUGACAAAGAGUACUACACCGUCAGAGAGCCGGGGGAAAGCCCCAUCUUUUGGUAUGCUCCAGAGUCGCUGACAGAGAGCAAGUUCUCUGUGGGAUCAGACGUUUGGAGUUUCGGUGUUGUCCUCUACGAACUCUUCACUUGCAGUGAUAAGAACUGCAGCCCUCCUGCGGUGUUUAUGGACAAGAUGGGACAUGAAAAGCAGGGCCAGAUGAUUGUCUACCAUCUGAUAGACCUGCUCAAACGGGGAUAUCGGCUGCCUGAUCCUGCUAAUUGUCCAAAGGAGAUUCUCAAGAUCAUGUCGGACUGCUGGAGCAGUGAACCGAGACUGCGCCCUACUUUCAAGAAAUUAAUCCACAGUGUGGAGACUAUACGUCUCGUAGAUGAGCCGCAUUGAUCCCUUAACCUUUGACCUUUAGGUGUUGACCACAGUCAGACCUCAAAGAUCUGAACAGAACAAUAAAUGUCUUUGUGGUGUCUGGGUGUACUGCAGUGAUGCGCUCACUAGUCGGACAUACACGUGUUUUCUGUUGGUGCUCUUUGACGCUUAUUCAAAUAAGGAGGAUGAAUGGUGAUAUCCACUUUCUUGGCAGUUUACCUACUUCUUUCUCACAAAUUGUUAUAAAUUAUUUGAUUAAUUAGUACACUACAUCCAACUCAAGACACCAAAACAAACAGAUGUCAGAUACCUUUAAGAACAUUUCAUUAUGAGAUUUAAAUUUCAUUCUUUUCUUUGUGUUAUUUGUACAUUUGUUGUUUUACAAAUUUAAUAUGACGAGUCACAGACUGGAGAAGUGUGCUGUAAGAUUUUCUCUGACUUGUGCUGAAUGUUUAAUUAACCCUCAGUGUCGGGAACAAAAAUGUAUAAAUCACCGACAAGCGGCAUUGCAUCAGUUAAUGCUCAGUGCUUUGAUUGUUGUAAACCUCACUGCACGGCUCUUGUGUGGGCGAACUUUUAGGGACUUGAACCGAGCAGGGGUCCUCCUGCUGACACCCAGACAGACUUCUGCUUGAUGGUUUCCAGUUACAUUUCAGCUGUUACAGUGGACUUGUGUUUUCCACAUAAUCAUUUGCACCUCGAGGAUGAGUCUAUGUUGUCUGAGCUGAUGAAGCAGCAGAAGCACCCACAGUCCUUUUUGAGUGAUGUUGGUUUGCUGGGACUACACAUCAGUGACCAGACUUGAAAGAAAUACGCAGUUAUUUGUCAAAUACAUGAUAGAGACAGUAAUAACUGCUCAGUCAUCUCUUUGAAAACUGUGUAUCUAAUAGUGUCAUAUCAUGGACUCAUACAGUAUAAUUCUUGUAUAAAUACAGUAUGAAGUUUUCAGUGUUAUAAGGCUAUACUAUCUGCCUGUACUGUAGAUACCUAAUGUGAAAAGUUGAAGUUUAUCUUGGUGGAGAAAAUAAUAAUGAAGGGAGGUGCUUUUAUUUAGCUAGCAGUAGCUAGCUAAAUAACUAUUCAGUAGCUUGUUGUGAGGGUUCUAUUUAAAACUUUGACUUUUGUUCACGUCAUUGCUUUUCCACCAUUUCAAAGCUGUUGAGGAUCUUGUGUAAAUGUUGAAUAUGAGUCUGUGUCAUGAUGUGCAUUACAUUGUCAGCCACAAAGGUAUUGUAUGUUUGUUUUUUGUUUUUUAACUUAAUGGAUGGUGCAUCGGUCAUCUCCUCAGUCCCCGAGCAGAGUUAUUUGUGGAACAGCAUCUUUCUUUCCCAUUUUGAAACUUAAAAAACAACCACUUUCCAAAGUUUUGUUUUUAUGCCAUUAAGAGGUUGGCCAUAUGCUGGGACAUGCACCAAAUGUCAAAGCAUGGAUGCCCUCUCACAUCGCUAAAGAUGAGUCACUGUAAAGUUUUCUCAAUAACAAACUCACAGUGUGUCUGUAAGCUCCUACGCUCUCAAGCUUUGGCCGGUAUCACUCCGGUCUGAACAUUUUGUUCACAUCAAGUCUGUUGUGAAUGAGAGGAGUUUCUUGGAAGUUGCUAAAUAAUGACAAGAUGGGAAAUGUUGCUGCCUCACAGGUUCCCCCCCCCCCCCCCCCAAAAAAAAAAUGUUUUUACUCAUACGACCAUUAAUGUGAUAUAUGUACAUUGGUGUGUAAAACCAAAUAUGAUUAUUUUGUGAUCCAUGUAUAACUUUUUAUCCAAGGUUUUCAGAAAAACAUAUCUAUUUAUUUCAAUUUCUGUUUGUUUGACAUUAAGCCUGGUUCUGUCAUCUGAUAGCAACUUGCAGCUACCUUUAUGUGUAGAAAGAUGUAAAUAUUAAGUUGAUUAAUAAGAAUAAAAUGGAUAUUUAGUAUAUUC